CGGGCGGGCGCCAGUCGCCGGCCGGCUCCGCGCAGGCACCUCCGCGGCCGCCGCGCGCCGGGCCGCCGCCCGGAUUGCUACUGCGCGCCCAACUUGCGGGAACGGCCCGCGCCCGCCGCGCGGGAGGAGGGAGCGCCGCGUGCCCCGCCGCCCUCCCGCCGGGACGCCCCGAGCCCCCAGCCAUGACAGCCGCCUGCCCCCCGGCGCCGCCGGCCCCCCGCGCCCACGGACUCCGCUGACUCGCCGCCGGCCCCGCCGGCGCUGCCGCCCGCCCCGGAAAGUACUUGGCCGCCCGCUCUUCCGGGCAGGGGGCCCGCGCCCCGCCGCUCCCCGCCGCUCCUCUCCUCUCCCCCUGCGCUUUUUGGUCGCGGGCUUUUGUUUCGCUUCGGGUUGCUUUUUGUUAUUUUUUCUCCCCUAAGUCCUGAAGUUGAGUUUUAGCGGCGACACGGCGGCUUCAGCCGAUUUCUUCCCCUUCCUUUGCCUCCCCAUGGAUAUGCACUGCAAGGCAGACCCCUUCUCAGCAAUGCACCCAGGGCACGGGGGUGUGAACCAGCUCGGGGGGGUGUUUGUGAACGGCAGGCCCCUACCUGACGUGGUGAGACAAAGGAUAGUGGAGCUGGCGCACCAGGGGGUGCGACCCUGUGACAUUUCCAGGCAGCUGCGGGUCAGCCACGGCUGUGUCAGCAAGAUCCUGGGCAGGUACUACGAGACGGGGAGCAUCAAGCCCGGCGUGAUCGGUGGCUCCAAACCCAAAGUGGCGACCCCCAAAGUAGUGGAUAAAAUCGCCGAGUACAAGAGGCAAAACCCGACCAUGUUCGCCUGGGAGAUCCGGGACAGGCUACUGGCCGAGGGCAUCUGCGACAACGACACGGUCCCCAGCGUCUCCUCCAUAAACAGGAUUAUCAGAACCAAAGUUCAGCAACCCUUCCACCCAACACCAGACGGGAGCGGGACAGGUGUGACUGCACCAGGACAUACUAUCGUGCCCAGCACAGCAUCCCCUCCCGUCUCCAGUGCCUCCAAUGAUCCAGUGGGCUCUUACUCCAUUAACGGGAUCCUGGGGAUUCCUCGGUCGAAUGGCGAGAAGAGGAAACGUGAUGAAGAUGUAUCCGAGGGCUCGGUUCCCAACGGAGAUUCCCAGAGCAGCGUGGACAGUUUGCGGAAGCACCUUCGUGCCGACACUUUUACCCAGCAGCAGCUGGAAGCUUUAGAUCGAGUUUUUGAGCGUCCUUCUUACCCUGACGUCUUUCAAACAUCAGAGCACAUCAAAUCUGAGCAGGGUAAUGAGUACUCCCUCCCAGCUCUGACCCCUGGUCUCGAUGAAGUCAAAUCAAGUCUAUCCACCUCUGCUAACCCAGACCUGGGGACCAACGUGUCAGGACCCCAGACAUACCCUGUGGUGACCGAAAACCUCUCCUCUCCCCUCAGUAUAAAGCAAGAGCCUCAUGGAGCCUCUCUCACCCCUUUCACCCCCACCACGCCGGCCGGCUCUGGGCAGGCUGACCUUCAGCCCUUCCACAUGACCCUUUCAGACGAUGCGUCCACGCCUUGCUACAGUGCCUUCCUUCAUCAUGGUGCCCACUUUGGGCAGUCCAGCAGCCAGCCUCUGAUAGCAGGUCGUGAUAUGGCAAGCACCACCUUGCCUGGCUACCCACCCCACGUGCCCCCAACUGGACAAGGCAGCUACCCAACCUCAACUCUUGCAGGAAUGGUACCUGGGAGCGAGUUCUCGGGGAACCCAUACAGCCACCCUCAGUACACAACUUACAACGAGGCCUGGCGAUUCAGCAACCCGGCAUUACUAAGUUCCCCUUAUUAUUAUAGUGCCACAUCCCGGGGCUCCGCACCUCCCACUGCUGCCGCUGCCUAUGACCGCCACUAGUUACCAUGGAAACCACAUGAAACUGCAGGGCGACAGCUUAGGCCUCCAUAUUGUACCUGUCUGAUCAACUCCCUCCAUCCCUGGGAAGGGUGAAGAGAACUUCUCCGUUCCUCCCCACAGUCCAGCUCCUUCCUCUUCACCACGAAGGCACCGGACCAAGCGCUCACGACCUGAGACUGAGAAACCCGCCUCCCCUGUGCUCCAGCCCGCACUCCACCCUGCCUGCUCUCACCAACACGAGGAAGAGCCUGAGGCCGAGCCGCUUGCUGCAGGAACCCUUCCUUCAAAGCACCUCGGCAAAGUCCAGCCAUUCAAAGUCUCCUCGAUUUCCAAGACUUAACGGGAACUGGGAAGCAACGCAGCUGGCAACCUUUGCCUUAUAGGACCCCAUUCUUCUGGGAGUGGUAAGGGCAGGGGGAAGCAGGGGAGAAAGCCACUCAUAAAACACUGUUCCCCAAAGAAAUGUUCUUCUAUGGUGGACUCUUCAAAAUGUAAGACCCUUGAUGAUUACCGUGUUUCCAGGACAGAGGGAACAGCCUGGCUAGAGUGGAGAAGGCAGUACAGAGACCUGACCUAUCUGGCAAUGAAGAAAAGGACCAAGUAAUUAUCUGCACCCCAAGAGGGGUUCUCUGUGCACCUCAUCCCCACUCUUCCACUUGGCUUCCUCCAUGGUUGGCUGCACCCCAUGUGUGGUGACUUUGCAGGCCAGAGCUGGGGUGAAACUCACACAUACACCCACAAUUUCUGUGACACACAAUCAGCUCAGACAGGAGGAUGGAGCAACAUUUACAAACCGGCCGACGAAAUGAAGAAAUAUAUAAAUAGAUAUAUAAAUAUAACUGUGUUUUUAUGCUUUGUCAUGAAGGUCUGUAAAAAGGAAAAAAAAAGAACAAAUCCCCAGUUUUCUAAAAAACCCAAGCAAACAAAAACAACAAAAAAACAAAAUAAUAAUUAAAAAAACCUACAAAAAUAAAACUCCAAGUCCCAUCCCUCCCUGCCACCUGAAUGGCAGACAAGUUCCUCUGACGUUUGAUGCUCCUCUCUCACUCUCGGGUUUUGUUUCCUUUCUGGUUUGCACUACAAUGGGAUGGUGGUAUUGGAGAGGAUUGGAUGCCAGCUCCGCCCCCAUCGCCUCCUCCUCCUCCCCCUUUCCCAAAUCCUGUCUCUGGGGAGCAGUGCGGACAAGUCACAUUUGACAAAGUUACCAAACACAUCAGUCGACAAAAAAGCACUCUGAGUCAACAAAUGUUUUCCAUGUCACUGGUUGGCAAACAAAGAAAACAAGCCCAGCUGCGCUCUAACUGCGCUUUGUGGUGGAAAGGAAAGUAUGGGGCUUCAUGUGGGCCCAUUUGAUUGCCCUCUGGACAGCUAAGACUGAGAUGGACAAAUUCAGGAUUGGCUGGGAUUAUUGCUUGGUUCCCUAACCCUUAGGUUCCUCGCCCUUUACCUUAAUCCCCUUACCCAUGUCUACUUCAGUUCACCUACAUCCUGACUUUCACCAUUUUAGAUAUGCCCUACACCCAUUCUCCAGACUCCUAUAGCCUGAUGGCAAUAUCCUCGUUAUCUGUGCCCAACACCUAAUUUCCUAACCACUACAGCCUUGCUAUAUGGGCCUCUUUUGUGCCCAAUCUGUCUCCUUCUACACCUAAUAAUUUAUAGGCUUACAUUCAAAACCAUAUGCCUGCAUCCUACCAGCUAUUCCCUGCAUACACGCUCAUCUUUUCAUCCUCAGCCCUAUAUUGUGCACCCUGAUAUUUACCCCUUCUCCCAAAUGCUCACCUGAUGAUUCUGCAGGGAUUAUCUGCUCUUUUUGGUUCACAAGUGGCUGGCAAACACUGUUCCGCAAAAGGCUGUCAAUAGAAACGCUUACUACUCCUGUAUUGUCAGCAAACUCAUAAACUGUUUCUUGCACUGACACUUCCUAAAACAUACUCAAAGAAAACAUGAAGGCAGCUAUAGCCUAUCCCCAGGGCAUCAAGUCUGCCAAAGUAGAUCCUUGUUGUUUUAGAGAGGUAUCAAACAAAACUAGUGGGCUACUGCCCAUGAACCAAGACAGGAUUGAGAAUCAAACCCCCAAGGGCAUAAAAGUGAACAGUGGAGCAAUCUGUACAGCCAACAUUAUGUAUAAACCCCAAAGUUCUCAGCCUCUUAGGAGAUGUGGUUGUGGACUCAGUAUUCUGUCUCCAAGUUUAACUUGUGUGUAUGAAAUCCAUCAUCAGUAAACAGCUGUGUUGAUCCCAAAGGCCCCUUUCACCUAACACUUUUAGCCUUUGCAUGGCUCUAGCUGAUUAUAGGUCUGUGUCUUCUUAAUGGGAUGCCCAAACGAUAAGUGUAUGGGGCAGGGGGUGUUUACAUGGAAGAUAUAGAGCUAAAAUCUGUUCCUGUACAGAACAAAAUCAAAGAGGUUACUCCUAAUCUUUUAAGUGUUACCAUGCACCUUUUACUUGUGCAUAACCUGCUGUGAAUAGCAGAGUUGUUGCACUGUCACCGAGAUCAGAAUUUGGCCCAUUAUCUCAUUCUAUUCUGUAUGAGAAGCAAAUGCUCAGUAAUUUCUAAAAAUUUACUUUUACCACCCCUUCUGUUUUCCUCCAUAGGCACCGGAUGGAUACUAGACCCUGUUAAUAGUCUCCCGUUUAGUCUCUCAGUACAGCCUUUGCUCUACUUGUGCACAACCCAGUUUCACACAGCACAUGGUCAAGGGCAGAGGCAGUAAAUUGGGGUACUGGCAGCUAAAACCUCCUGAAGAGGCUAGAGAGCAGCAGACUAACACACCUCACACUUGGCAACCUGCAGUCCAGGAAGCCACUCCAGAGAAGCUAGUAGUUGAGAAAUGCUUAUUUUUAGAAUGGUGUUUUGCUAAACUUGAGACACGAGAUAGGGUGUGAAAGCAGAAUUUGGUUGGCUCACUCAUGGCUGGCUUGAUUUGGCCCUUGGAUGGCCAAAUCCAUCAUUCGUGUAACUCCACUGAUAAAUGGGGAUUUCCACCAGGCAUUGGAUUGGUCUGGAAAGUUCAUAAGUACAGCAAGCAGUUUGAUCAGGAAAAAUAAAAGGAAAGCAGAAUUAUGCAAUGGACUGGGCAGUCUAAUCCUCUUCCACCACUAUCUGUAGACCCCCAUGCGAAUGUACUGAAUUACAUUUGCCAAAGAGUUUCUUGUGUUGGUUGUUUUGAUUUACAGUUGGUGGAUGCAUUGUAAAGCAGUAUUAUAGCUAAAGUCUAGUAGCUGACACGGGGAUUUAUGUGGUGAUAUUAUGCAGAAGAAAACCAUCAAUAUUCAUAUAGAUUCCAUUAGACUGGACUAUGCAGGAAACGCAAAAAUUCUACCAAUUAUUUAAUAUUAUGUUAUUUGCAAAAACAAUUGCUGCUUUGUAGGAAGAUAAUGUGUGUAAUGUGAAGGCAAUUCCUCUUGUAUAUAAGUUCAUCUCCAUCUUCAUCAUGGUAGUUAUUAAAACAGCCUCGUCUCAUCCUGUAGAUAAGGAACACGCUGUCUGUACUGUGCGAGUCUCGUUGUGCUCACUGAAAACAAAACGAUGUAUUCAAUAAAGCACAGCACAAAUCCAGAACCUGAGGGAACAGCCAAACCUUGGAAGGACUCCUUCCCCAAUAGGCCAACAGUUGCUUUAUUACAGAUGGAUUUUUCUUUCAUUUUUCUUAAAAGAAUUUUACAGGAAAAAAUGAAAACAAAAAAGAUUGGAGGAAAACAUCACUAUGCAAAAUCCAGUGAAGUUUGUCACUCACAUCUCUCUCUGCCAUUCUGCUGUCUUUUUCCUUUCUCCCAUUUCUUUCUCACACCCUCUUUCCAUUCCAUUUCUAUCCCGCUCUUUCGUUUAAUUGUUCCCACUAUUUUUGUGUACUCCCAGUGCACUUUUCUAUCCAGAGAAUCCAGAUAUCAGAGCAAGUAUCUGGGAAACAGAACUCCCCAAUUCUCAUCCUGGCUCCAGAGAACCUUUGUCAAGUCCGAUUUCUUCCCCAUGCCUCAGUUCAAUCUUCUGUAAAAUGGGGAUAGCAGUACACCCUAGCUCACAGGAGUAUUGUGGAGCUGCAUUAAUUAGCACUGGCUCAGUGCUUUGAGAUCCUGGAAAGAAAAUUCUAUAGGAGUUUUAAGUAUUAUUAUGAAUAAUAAUGAAUGUUUUUACUACACUUCCUUCUCCUUUCCUUUUUCUCGUAAAUCACUCUUCAUUUCUUUAUUCUUCUUCCUGAGCUCUCCCUUCACUCCUUUCUUUUCUUUUCACUCUUAGCUCUGCUGCUAUGCUUGUUUUACCUAAUGGACCCAGCAGAAAUGUUGUGUGACUAUACCAUCUUCUGUCACAAUUUUUCUUGGAGGGGGAGGAAUCUUGUGAGUUCUCAAAUGAUACGCUUUGCUGGAAGGAACAGGGACCUGGUAUUUAAAAUUGGGCAGCACUUUUGAGACCUGUUCUCUGAAGCUCCCAUGUCCUUUUGGCCCAAAGGGAUGUGGGGCAAGAGGGUGGGAGGGGAGCCUGGGAUGGAUCUAUUACAGUAGACACCUUUGUGACCUGUAAAUGUUUGGGGGCGGGGAUAGCGCAAUGAGCCCUGCUACGUUGAAACAGGGCCAACUCUGCAUGCUUUCUGACCCAUCAAUAGUGAUGAUUCAAAUUCAGAACAAGACUUCAGAACUAAUCACAACAUGAACGUCAGGAUGAUGAACAAACAACAGAAAGAGAAAACAUAAAAAACCUGCACCUAUUUCUCCUCUUGAAUAUAUAAUCAUAUAUGCAUAUAAACAUUUUCUGAAAGAAAUUCUGGUUUACCGAAAUGCUGAAAAAAAAAUACACCUCUUUUUUCCCUAAGAAAAAGCAGCCCCUUGCGAAAAGGAAUCAGAAACAUAGCUGUCCCCUUUGGGAGUGACAGAACGAAGGCUUCCAAAUGACCCCACAAAUACCACAAUGUGCUCCUUGGCUGGGUCCAGGAGGGCGGCAAACUUGCAAGCCAGGAAGGAGGGACCAGAUAACAACGAUACCAGAACUGAAAACAAAUCCAACCAUAAGCAGCUCUGCCAAUGCUCACUAGGCUAAGCUAGACCUGAGACGGGGGAGGGAGGCCAUUGCCAGGUGCAGGGUCAUAUCCCUUUUAGGCUGCUGCAGCCACUCUUGGCUUUUCCUCAUCGCUUCAGUUCUGUUUGACUCUUUUCUUUUUCCUUUUUGUGCACAUGAGAAAUAAAAACAAAUUUUUUUUUUGUAUGUCA